AAAGAGAGUGAAAUAUCUCCUGUCUUUUGUGAUUGCGAUCUCCGUGAGGUUGGUAACGAGUGGCUAUCUAAGCAUAUUAAAAACACAUGUGCGAUGCAGUGCCUAAGACAAUACAAUCAUCUGAAAUCAUCACACUCUCUCAAUGUCUCCUAACAACAUACUCUCACUUGGGUUUCUUAUGACAUGUUUCAUGUACCUCCUUUUCGGAGUUGCCAUGUCUUUUGAUCCACACUUGCCGGAUAUUAGUAUGCUGAGAAGCUGCAAUAUCGACAAGAUAUAUCAGCUCGGAGAUUCUCUGUCGGAUACGGGGAAUCAUAAUAUUGAGAACCCUUUUGAUCAGUGUUCCAUGCCUCCAUAUGGUUCAAGUUUUUUCCAGAAGCCUACUGGCCGCUGUUCAGAUGGACUGUUGAUGAUCGACCACAUUGCAUCAGCGGCCGGUAUUCCCUUUCUCAAUCCCUAUCUGGAUGCUAGUGCAAAUUUUAGCCACGGAUCAAACUUCGCAGUGGUUGGUUCUACAGCAUUGUCAGUACAAUCCAUGGCUACACAAGGCAUUUCAUUCUAUGUGACUAAUUAUUCUCUCGGUGUACAACUUCAUUGGUUGUCCAAACAUUUAUCAUCACUCUGCGAAUCAGAAAUAGAUUGCAGGCCGAAGAAGAUGAAAAAUACUUUAUUUAUGGUCGGGGAGACGGGAGGUAAUGAUUACAAUUUUGCACUAUUAGAAGGUAAGACUAUUGAUGAGGCAAAGAGUAUGGUGCCUGAAGUUGUUGGAGUCAUAAUUGAUGCAGUUAGAAGAGUCAUCAGUCUUGGCGCUGUUCAGGUGGUUGUUCCAGGAAAUUUUCCGAUCGGCUGUGUACCCAUAUUUCUUACAGCAUUUCAAACUACCAAUGCAACAGCUUAUGACAAAAAUCAGUGUUUGAAAGAUCUCAAUGAAUUUGCCGUAUUCCACAACCAGUAUUUAAAACAAGCUAUUAGCAUAUUGAAGAAAGAAAAUCCCGAGACCAAAAUUGUGUAUGCUGAUUACUACAACGCUUUCCUGUGGCUUCUGGAAAAUUGUUCAUAUUUAGGUUUUGAUAUCACGUCUGCUCUAAAAGCUUGUUGUGGAAGUGGUGGUAAGUAUAGGUACUCAUCAUCAAGAGUAUGCGGAAGGGCAAAGUUACCUGUGUGCUCCAACCCAGAUCAAUUUAUAAGCUGGGACGGUAUGCAUAUGACGCAAAGGGCUUAUAAAUUCCUCGCCAAAUGGCUUGUAGCAGAUAUUUUACCACAGCUGAACUGUAAUUUUAACAUUGCAGAUUCAUAGGAUAUUUUCCAGAUAUAUCAUCCAUAUAAUGAUUUUAUUCCUGCAUCA